GCCAGUCAACAGUUAGAAUUUGGGCCACUUGUGUCCAGGCGUACGCAAUAUAUCACUGCAUGUAUUUCAAGCAUUACUUUUCAUUCACUGUUGGCUGUUGUAGUGCUUUAAAUCGUUUGUUUGCCGUUCGACAGGCUGUUUAGGCUACAAUCGUUUCUAGGAACACUGUAGAAUAAAUGGCGUCUUGCUUCCAAGAUGUUCCGUGGAAAAUCUACUCGAGCCGGAUGAUAUCAGCAUGGGGCGAUCGCAUGUGGAUGUUUGCCGUCGGCUUGUUUAUGGUAGAGUUGUCACCGUCAGGAUCGCUGAAAUGGCCGGCUAUCUACGGACUAACAAAGUCGCUGGCUGUUGUUAUUUUGGGUUCGAGCAUCGGUCGCUGGAUUGACCGUACAUCUCGAUGGAACGCGGCCCAUAUAUCACUUGCUGCGCAAAAUGUUCUGGUGGUCAUUUGUGCAGUUUGUGUUGCGGUAACGUUUUAUUUCAAGGAGCGACUUGUGGCGGAAGCUGAUGGAUGGGGUUUAACGGCCGCUUGCAGUGUUAUAGUCAUUCUGGGCACCGUGGCGCAUUUGGCUUCUGUUGGUACAUCAAUAGCCGUCUUCAAAGACUGGAUUGCCAUUAUUGCAGGAGGGGACAGUCAAACACUGGCGCGCAUGAAUUCAACCUGUCGCUCGAUUGAUUUGGCUACCAACAUGAUCGCUCCCAUAGCGGUUGGACAGGUCAUGUAUUUUCUUUCGCACAUCGUAGCAGCUGUCACAAUCGCUUCGUGGAAUGUUUUGUCCUUUUUCAUUGAGUGCUUUUUAUUGUGGAGAAUUUACAAGGAGUUCCCUAAUUUGGCUGUAAAGACUUCAGCCUGUGAAAAGCAACCAUUACAAGUUUUAGAAUCGGGGGAGAAAGAAUCAGAACCAGGAGAUCAACCGACAGCCGAUGACGCAAAUGUUAAAAUAGAAUCCGGGAAUGGCUUUUUCGCGAAACGCUUCGGAGGAUUCCUAAAGAGUUGGGAAAUUUACUUCAGCCAUGAAGUGCGAAACGCCGGAAUCGGAUUGGCUUGUCUCUACAUGACAGUCCUCGGCUUUGAUUCCAUUACCGUGGGAUUUGCUUACUCACAAGGUGUCCCCGAAAGUAUUCUGGGCGUCCUUUUGGCUGCGGGAGCCGCAGUAGGACUUCUAGGAAGUGUUGCAUUCCCUUUUUUCGUUCGAUUCAUGGGCGUCGAGCGGACAGGAUUGUAUGGAUUUUCUCUGGAAAUAACCUGUCUCACGUUGUGCGUUGCUUCCGUCUGGGCCCCUGGCACACCUUUCGAUCCUGUCUCUGUAUCGAUAUCCAACAUCGACAAUCCGUUUGCCUUAAAAAAUUCCAGUAGAAACUCAACUGCUGGAUCCUAUGAAGUUGGCCCGGAGUCAUACACUUCCGUGAUUCUAUUGAUGGCUGGCAUCAUUUUAGCUCGAUUUGGCUUGUGGGUAGCUGAUUUGAGCGUGAAUCAAGUGUUGCAGCAAGUGGAUGACCAGAUUCGUGGAUCAAUCAACGGAGUACAAAGCUCAAUGAAUAUGAUCUUCGACACAGUCAAAUUUCUUCUAGUCAUCGCUUGUCCUUGGCCACAGACAUUUGGCAUUCUCGUCUGUAUCUCCUUUUCCGCUAUCUGUGCAGGAUGGAGUUUCUUCGCUUCGUAUUCCUUCAAGAAACGCGGACAUUUGCUGCCAUUCCAUAAAGUAAUUGAUAAUAUUCCGCCGGAAGAAAUUUACCAAAUUUCAGUGGAUCUGAAAAACGAGAAAACCGAUGAAAAUUCAGCGGUCCGUCGGAAUAUUCCAUCGUCGCCUGAGACAAAACACGACAACAGCCCUUCGUGAACAUAUAAGUGCAUCUGCUGGCAGAUUUACAUAAAUUGGCGAAUACCAUCAUUGUUCGACUUUGUAUACUGCUAAACAGAGAGCUGGGAGCCAUUCCUUCAUCAACACACUAACACAUAAGUAUUGAAUUAGACCAGCACACCAAUAUCUACAACCUCCAUAACUGGCUAAGCCCUAAAUUGUAUUAGCGAGGUUAAAUGUUUGAAAUUCGAUUAAUUUAUUGCAGAUCAAUGUUGGGUUACAUAAAAUAAGACUAACGAUCCCAAAAAGUGCAAUAUUUAUCUUUGUUAUUGCGUUUACUGUUAUAUUAAUUUGGCAUUUUAUUAACAUAACUGCUUCUGAUUCAAAAUAAUCAAAAUAUAUUAUACUUCAGCGUUAUCUUGGAGUAAUUUCCUUUGAA